GCUUACGUGAAAGAGGAGCUCAGCUGGAAGGAUUGUACGGGGGACUCUGGAAGAAUUGUCGUCAAGCAUGAUCGACGGCAGUGGGAUGUAUUCUCUUGCGGUCCUAGUCGGUUUGGUGAUGAUUGAAACUUGGGACGGCAUCAGUCGUCGUGUUGCUCUUGGGCAAGCAUAUCUGGUGGCUUGGAUUAAGACGUGUCCCCGGUUCUCAACUUCUGUCGUUGCUUGAAGGAAGUAUCGUAUCAAUGGUCUGGUUUUUGGUCAAUGUCACUCCUCAUACGCGCAUAAGCAUAUUGUCCUAAGGUUGGAG